GACGUAAAGAGGAGACUAUAGUCAAACUUCAAAUGAUAAAGACCUAUAGAAUGCAAUAGAAUGCAAUCUUGUCAUUUGUUAAACUUGACAGAUUUUUACAUUCCUUUACAGAUCCAAAAUGUACAUACACACGAUGAUUCUACUGGGUGUUGUGUGGUUUAGUCCACCACUUCUUGUGAUCCUUGCCUCACCAACCCCUGCUUCAAAUGAUAAGAGAGGCCCCUGUCAAAUCUACAACUCUGGUCGCUCCGCAAACUGCCUUGGUCAGCGACUGGAUCAUGUUCCAUGGAAGCACCUCCCUUCCACGCUUGAAAGGAUAGAUCUCUCCUACAAUGAACUUCAUACCAUUCAUGUUAAUUACUUUUCUCGCCUACCUCAUCUUCGUGUCCUCGAGCUGCAGUUCAACAACAUCUCUGUGAUUGAGGACCGUGCCUUCCACAACAACCCCCUCCUGGAGCAUCUUAACAUCUUUAACAACUCCCUAGAGGAAAUCCCUGCCAACGCCUUGCAGGACCUCUUUAAUCUAAGGGAACUCCUUAUGUCGAAUAACCUUUACACCCAGGCUACAUUGUCAGCUGAUGUUUUCUCCAGAUUGACCCACCUUAAGGCCCUGUCCAUGGGCGGCCCCUUGGUCAAGGGUCUAAGGAAAGGGGACUUCCAGGCAUUGAGGGACAUUCAGUUGCAGGACUUUGCCAUUAAAACUUCAUCAAAUAUCAGUUACUAUGAACCGGGUAGUCUGAAGGUAAUCCAGACAGGUAGAAUGGGUUUUGACAUGGCCAUAGAUCAGAAGCCGAAUUUCCUACCUUUGAUUCUACGAGACUUGGCCAACAAGACUUUCAGUCUCAUCCAAUUCAGGAAUCUCUUUGAGUUCAUGUAUUACUUGGGAGAUGAGGAUAUUUUCAGAGGCUUGCAAGACAUCAAAGUAGAUUCGCUCAUCUUUCACCGUGGAAAAUUCAAUGAGAACCUUAUGAGGAUGGCCCUGUUUAAUCUACAGGUCACCCCCCUUAAACGUCUGACACUUCAAUACAUUGACUUUGCUCGCUCGCCCAACUUUGUGGAUAAUGGCUUGGGCUCCAGUAUCAAAGACCUUGCUCUGAGUAGACUAAAUCUGUGGCACAUCAGCAAUCCAGAUAUUUUGCGAUUUGACUGGCGCUUCACAUGGUUCAACAAAGUCCGACUGCUGUCCAUUCAGAAUGUCAACUUCAAAUCUGUGCCUUGCGAUGCCUGGCUUAAUAUGGAAGGCAUGGAGGUUUUGGACAUCUCAAACAACCGCCUGCAGGACAACAUCCUCUUCAACCAGAGAUGCGACUACAGGGGCACCAUGCCGGCUCUUCGUUCCUUCAAUGUCAGCACCAACCAACUGACCAGCCUUCAGGACUUAGCCUCCCUGACCAGGGAGUUCAAACAGUUGAAGGUCCUGGAUGUCAGCCACAACAUGUUGGGUUCUGCUGAGAAGAGUCGCAACUGUAACUGGAUGCAGAACAUCACCCAGGUGAUCGCUCACCACAACCGAUUCGAAAGUGGUGCCCUCCAGUGUCUGCCCACCACAGUGCAAUUCCUGGACCUCUCGUACUGUGACCUGGACCAGCUGGACAUGGCCUACUUCCAACAAACCAUCAGCCUCAAGGAGCUCCUGCUCAAUGGGAACAAGAUCAAGUUCAUCCCCUCUGGGUGGAGAAGUCGCUCCUUGCAGUCACUGGCUCUGGAUGGGAACUCCUUUGGGCUCAUCAGCAUGGGCUCCUUCCAGGACAUGACCCAGCUUUCUCGACUGACAGCAGGGAACAACCCAUUCCACUGCACAUGCGACCUCCAUGCCUUCAUCCAGGACACAAUUUCCAAGGGGAAGGUCAACAUCACUGACUGGCCAGAGAACUACAAGUGUUACCAUCCAGAGGCCCUGCUCAAUACCGCUGUGGCAAAUUUCUUCCCGGGUCACGUGGCCUGCGAUAUCAGACUGGUCAUCAUCAUCUGUGUGGCGACUACUGCUGCUGUGGUUUUAGUGUUGAUGCUUAUAUGCUACAUAUUCAAUGUUCCCUGGUACAUUAAAGCCACAUAUCAGAUCCUCAGAGCCAAAUACAGGGCUCAUCAGGAAGGAACAUCUGGAAAAUCACAAAUCUAUGCUUACCAUGCAUUCAUCUCCUAUAGCCACCCAGAUGCAGACUGGGUCAGGGACCAGUUGUUGCCCUGCUUGGAGAACAGCAAGCCCCCCUACCGACUCUGUAUCCAUGAGAGAGACUUCAUGCCAGGAAAAUGGAUAAUCGACAACAUCAUUGAAAAUAUUGAGAGCAGCGAAAAGGUCAUAUUUGUGUUGUCACACCACUUUGUGAACAGCGAUUGGUGCAACUACGAGCUCUACUUUGCCCAGCAAAGAGCCAUCGGCAAGACCUUCAGCGAUGUUAUUCUGGUGGUUAAAGAACCCAUCGACCCUGAAUCUCUGCCCAGCAAGUAUUGUAAGCUCAAGAAGAUGCUGAACACCAAAACGUACCUAGAGUGGCCCCAGCAAGCCAAGCAGCAGACCUUCUUCUGGGCUCAACUUAGGAGCUGCCUGGGCAAGCCCACAGUGACUAGAGAGCAGGCUCUUAGUGGUAGGAGCAGCAGUGUAUCCUCAGUUGGCGCUGUGCCUGUGAUAGAGAUUCCUCUAGAGGAUGAGAAGCCAGCGAUAGCUAUGCCAAAUUUAGACAGAGAAGCAGAGCUCCACAAAGUAGUUCCUCGGGAGAUCAAAAAUCUUUCAGUGAGAAGUGCAGAGUUUUGUGGGCAAAGACUGAUCCCUGUAGCCGUGGCAUGAGACAAAAUAAGCCAAGCAUGACUUCUUGGCCAUGCUGUGGCAGAUAAUGUGUUUUCCAAGCUGCUUGUGGCAUUAGCAAGUGUUUCAUAAUGAUGACAGUGAAUAACAUGAUCCGUCUGCCACCCACCCUUCUGACAUGUACAGUGCUUACUCCCCCUUGAACUCUUUACAUUUUGUUGCGAUACAAAGCGGGAUUGAAUUAGAUUUAAUUGUCAUUUUUUUGUCAUUUUGUCAUCUUCACAAAAUACUCCAUAAUGUCAAAGAGAAAAAAAAGUUAUACAAAUGUUUACAAAUGAACACAAAUUAAAUACCUAAAAUAUGGUCGUUGCAUUUAGUUCAGAAGUAAAAAUAAUCUUAACAAAUCUCAUAAUAAGUUAUAUGGACUCACUCUCUGUGAAAUAAUAGGGGUUGAUGUGAUUUCUGAAUGACUACCCUUUCCUUUGUCUCCCACACACACACACCCACACACGCACACGCACGCACACACACACAACAUCUGUAAGGUCCCUCAGUCAAGUCUUGAAUUUCAAGCACAGAUUUAACUACAAGGACCAAGGAGCUUUUUGAAAGAAGGGCAGAGAUUGGUAGAUGGGUAACAAUAACAAAUCAGACAUUGAAUAUAUGUUUAAGCAUGGCCAAGUUGAUAAGUAUGCUGUGGAGGAUGUAUCAAACAACCCAGACACAUCAAAGAAACAGUCGUCCUUCUGAACUGAGCUGCAGGAUAAGAAGGAAACUGCUUAGGGAUGUCAACAUGCGGACAUUGCUGAUUUUAAACAGCUACAGAGUUCAAUGGCUGUGAUGGGAGAAAACUGAGGAUGGAUCAAUAACAUUGUAGUGACUUCACAAUAAAUGACAGAGGAAAAGAAUAAUACAAAUACACAGAAUAUAUAUUUUCCCCAAAACAUGCAUAUGUAUGCAACAAGGCACUAAAGUAAUACUGAAAGAAAAAGAAACAAGGCAAAGGAAUACCGUUUUUGGACUAAAUGCAAAGCCUUUAUCUUUGGGGAAAGUCCAACACAACAAAUCACUGAGUAACUGCCUCCUUAUUUGCAAGCACGGUGGUGGCUGCAUCAUGGUAUGGGUAUGCUUGACAUCGGCAAAUACUGGUGAAUUG